GAAAAUUGCAAGGUUCCGUGGUAGGUUGGCAGAGAUAACCGAUACAACCAGAAGCCCGUAUCAGUGGAAGGCUUUGGUAUAUAAAGUUCGCCAAUUCGCCAAGAACGACACACACUUCUCCAGUAGCAGUCAACCAACCCAGCCAUGAAAGCCACCCUAGUCCUGUUGUGCCUUGCCCUUUUUGUGGCAGUCGUUCUUGCCUGCGACCCCGAUAGCAAUAAUCAGCCCAUCUGCAACAGCACCAUCAUCGGCAAGAAAAUCCGCAACUUCUGGGAUCCCACACGCUACUGGCAAUGUACUGAUGCCACUGGAAACGGUGCGGCCGUUCUCUGUCCAGACCAAACCGGAUUUUUAGAAUCAGCCGAUGAUUGUGUUGCUUGGUCAAAUUGGACAUGGGUUGCGCCUUGCCCCAACAAUUAAUAAAUGAUUUAAUAAAUAAACAAUAAAUGCAAUUUAAAUUUGAAAA